AUGUCGCCAUUUACUACCAAGCGCCGCUCCGGCUUAGAUGAACUACUAAAUCGGAAACGACUAGGACCCUGGGAGCAAUUCCUGGAGCAGCCCUGCGUGUUCCUUGCCCGGAAACUCUACACUUGGCAUCAAAUUAUCCCAGCUGCACCACUCACGAAUCCAGUUUUCAUUGUCUGUAUCUCAGACCAUAACACUCAGCCGAGCCUUCCAGAUGGAGAUAUCCUCAUCCAUGCAGGCGACCUUACACAUUCAGGCUCGUUACAUGAACUCCAGACCACGCUUACCUGGUUAAAUGCACAGGCGCAUGCAAUUAAGAUCGUUGUCGCUGGUAAUCACGACUUAUUACUAGACACAGGGUACCAUAGUAAUGAUCACAAACUUGGAGCCUCCGCGAACCAAGAAGUCCAAGUCCAACUCUCUGAACGCGAUCAACUCGACUGGAGCGAUAUUAUGUAUCUGGAAAACGAGGAAGCGCCCGUUAUCUGUGAGAAUGGUCGGCAUUUACGAAUCUAUGGCAGUCCCCAUUCACCUCAAAAUGGAAACUGGGCCUUCCAAUAUCCUCGCAGUCAAGAUAUCUGGACUACAAUCGUCCCAGGUGGUAUUGAUGUACUGAUCACACAUGGGCCACCGCGCGGGCACCUUGAUCUAAUGAAGUUGGGAUGUAUGCAUUUGCUACGAAAUUUAUGGCGAGUGCAGCCACGGCUACAUGUCUUUGGCCAUGUUCAUGAAGGAAGAGGCACCGAAUGGCUGUUAUUCGAUGAGCUCGAAAAUGCAUAUGAGCGGGUUAUUUUUGCUGGAGGGGGACUUUGGUGUCUUUUAUUGACUAUUUUGGUGUUCUUGAAGACAUUAUUUCGUCCAUCUGUGGAGGCGAGGUGUUUACUUGUAAAUGCAACUAUAGUGGGCGGGUUGAGGGAGGAUGAGCGAAGACAACCUAUCAUAUUUAAAGGGUAUCCGUUUAGUUUUAUUGUACUGUAUUAG